CACUCCACUCAGGAAGGUUUCCAGUGGUGAGAAAAAUCAAAACAAAAAUUAAAAAAACAGCUGUUUGAAGGAUUUUCUCUUUGCAUGGCAUCUCUGUCUGCCGUGCUGGCACUGGGAUUGAUGAGUUUGCUCUGGAUGUGUUCAGGUCUUAAACCAACACAGCUGCAGGGCUGAGGCUCGAGGGCUCAGGGAGGCUUGAGCAGUCCUGAGGGGCUGGGCUUGAAAUCCCUGGAGAUGUUGCUCAAGAACAAAUCUGUUUACACAAACAGCUUUGAGAAGAGAAUUGUCAGUCAAGGCACUUCUCAGUCAAGGCACUUCUAUUCUCAGCUCAGGAGCAACUGGAAGAGUAAAUAUCCCUCAGGUGGGCUGGGGCUGAGCUGGGUUGCAGCUGGUGCAGAGCCAAAGGCGUUUCUUGUCACACCUCCCUCUCCAUUCCUGCCCUGGUGUCUCCUUUCCUGUGCUGUGCAGGCUCUCAGGAUGGUUUCGAGGAAGGUGGUGGCCAGUUUGCUGCUGGUGUCCCUGCUGUCCGUGCUGGCUGAGCAGACCCAAGGCUUCAUGCCCUUUUUCACCCAGAGUGACUUCCAGAAAAUGCAGCUGCAGGAAAAGGAGAGGAACAAGGCAGGGCAGAAGAAAUCCCUGAGCUCGCUGCAGCAGCUGGAGGAGGAAGGUUUCUCUGAGCAAUCUGGCGUGGAUGUCAAUGCAGCCAAGACCCUCCAGCAAGCCCUUCCUGUCAGAGCUUGGCUCACCCCAAGGCAGCUGGAAAAAUACCAAGAUGUCCUGGAGAAACUGCUGGCAGAGCUGUUACAGGACACCCCAGAUGCUGACUGAUAUCUGCAGGAUCAGAAGAGAAGGUGCUGGAGCUGCUCAAGCUGAAAGACUCCACUUAUGUAAACGAAAUUUGUGAGAGAGAUUAACAAAAUCUGAGGUGAGAUAAUAAAUGUGCAACGUAAUUAAAA